AUGAGCUCCUCCACGGUGGUCUCGACGGCUACGCCGAGACCUACUCAUAGCUUCCACCGUCGCGUCGACGAGAUCAAGCCCUCCAAGUCAGACAUCAACCAUGUCAUCAUGGACUACCUUGUCAGCGAGGGCUAUCCCAUGGCGGCGAAGCGAUUCGCGCUUGAGGCCAACAUCCCACACAGUGCCGAACCGCAAUCGAUACAGGAGCGCGUUGAUAUCAGGAAUGCUAUUCAUGCGGGGAACAUUGAGUCGGCCAUCCACAAGAUCAACGAUCUCAACCCUCAGAUCCUCGAUCACGAUGCAGCCCUGCACUUCGCACUCCUGCGCCUGCAACUGAUUGAGUUGAUUCGGAAGUGCAUGUCGAGCCCGAACGCCGACAUCACACCGGCGCUCACGUUCGCAACGUCCGAGUUAGCGCCACGUGCUCCAACGAACCAGGAAUUUCUUGAAGAUCUCGAACGCACUAUGGCGCUUCUGAUAUUUCCUCCUGAGAACCUGGCGCCGCCGCUCGCGCAGCUGCUCGAUCCCUCACUUCGGCAAACGGUUGCAACAAGGGUCAACGAAGCCAUUCUGGCCAGCCAAGGUGCCAACCGCGAGGCUCGUAUCAAACAGCUCGUCAGGUUGCGUGCGUGGUCAGAGAACAAGGCCAAGGAGGCACGCAAGCAUAUUCCUGCGAAUCUGAGCUUGGGGCUGGACUCCGAGAAGACAGCCGACGAUGAUGAUGACGAAAUAAUGAACAACGGUAAUGGCGAAGCGGAUGCGAUGAGGGACUGA